CGGCGCUGAUUGGCUGAAGUUAAAGUCUGGUUCCUACAAAGUGUGCUGACAGUUCUCACGUGGAGCAAAAAGAAAGAAAACUGAUACAGAUAAAGAUCAAAUGUCAACUUCUGCUUGACAAAUAAAAAAUUGCAUGCCAGAUAUGUUUAUUAUUACUCUUAUUGUCUGCUUUCAAAAGAGUUUGGACAUCAUUGAAGACUCUUCCAAGUAAUGUUGUGUGUGCGACACUCCAGUGACCGCGGUCACGUGAUGGCGAGCAGGCCGAGGCCGCUGAGCGAGCCGUGUGUCCGCUCCUCCUUCGUGGCCACGCGUCACUGCAGGCAAGGAGUUCAGCAGCAGGAGCGACUGUCCUGUCAGCGCAUGUCCGAGGUCAACGCUUACGACUCGGCCUGCUGCCUCGCCAACCCUCCGGAGGAAGAAGGCGAAGGCGAGGAAGACGGCGAGCGAUGGACUCAAGGCUUCCCCGGCAGCGUGGACUUUGAUUCUGGCUACUCGGAGGCCUCUUGGCAGGACGAAGGUGUGGUUCUGAGACGGGCAAGAAACGUCAGGGUGUCCUCGUCCGCCUGCCUGCGCACAAACACGGGCCCUGCGGGCCGGGUGCGCCCCAAAUCCACUUCUGACGCCUGCUUGGAGCGCUGGACAUCCUUCGAGGCCAGCGAGCCGGAGGACUGGACGGCGUCCUUGCUGAGCCGCAGCCGGAACAGACAGCCUCUGGUUCUGGGGGACAACAGUUUUGCAGAUCUGAUCAAGAACUGGAUGGACCUCCCAGAGUGUCCGGACCAGGUGGAACUAAAGCCCAGCGUUGGGCGACGUCUGGCCAAAGACAUUUUAGUCAACAUGAGGCGCAGACUGGCGAGCGUGUCCAAAAGUGUGGAGAUGAGGCCCAGGACAGCAGAGUCCACUCAGGCGGGACGGACUACUGACGCCCCCAAGCGCAUGUCCUGCCCUGUGGGACACCCACGUCUCAAACCUUUCUUCCACCAGUCUCACACGGGCCUUCACGCGCUCCACUCAGACUGGCAUCAUUUCACCGCCCUCAUGAAGACGGGCAGUCGACAGCCCAUAAUAUGCAACGACAUCAUCACCUACAUAUGACUCAUAAUUCUACUGACAUUUUCCACUAAAUCAUCAUCCUUCUUUUUUAUCUUAAAAAGCAAUAAAAACAUUUCCUAUAAAAGUCUUUCUGUUGUCUCUCCUUAUAGCUAGAAACUUAACUCCACCCCUAGUCACCAACUUAACUCUUAAUAACUAACCUUACCCCUAGUUACCAGCCUUAACCCUAAUAACCAACAUCACCCCUAGUUACCAGCCUUACCCCUAUUUACCAGUCGUACUGCUAGUUACCAACCCUAGUUACCAACCUCACCCCUAAUUUGCAACCCUAGUUUCCAGCCUUUCUGAUAGUUACAAACUGUACCCCUAGAUAGCAACUCUAGUUACCAGCCUCACUCUUAAUAACUUACCUCAUCCCUAGUUACCAGCCUUAACCAUAAUAACCAACCUCACCCCUGGUUACCAGCCUUACCCCUAGUUACCAACCUCACCCCUAAUUAGCAACCCUAGUCACCAGCCCCACUGCUAGUUACCACCAUACAACUACUUACCAACCCUAUUUACCAAACUUACUAAUACUUACCAACCCUAGUUACUAAACUUACAACUACUUAGCAAGCCUAGUUACCAGCCUUACUCCUAAUUACCAACUGUAGUUACCAACCAUACCACUAGCUACCAACCUUACCCUUAGUUACCAACUCUAUUGACCAACCUUUACCCCAGUUACCAACCCUAGGUACCAGCCUUAUCCUUAGUUACCAACCCUAGUUACCAGCAUUACAUCUGGUCAACAUCCUUACCCGUAGUUAACAACCCUAGUUACCAACCAUACCCAUAUUUACCAACCCUAGUUAUCAACCCUUGUUACCAACCUUAACCUUAGCUACCAACCAUAUAUACUAACCUUAUCGCUAGUUACCAACCCUAGUUACUAACCCUACUUACCAAACUGACCACUAGUUACCAAACUUAGCGAACAGCCUUACCCCUCUUUACCAACCCUAGUUACUAAACCUUUAUUGCCAACCCUAGUUACCAAUCUUAACCCUAAUUACCAACCAUAACCUCUUUGUUACCAACCCUAGUUACUAACAUUACCCUCAGAUGCCAACCCUAACCUUAUUUAAAACCCUAUUCAUCAACUUAACCUUUACCAACCUUACCAACAGUAGUUACCAGCCUUAAUGCUAGUUACCAACCCUAAUUACCAACAUUACCCCUAGUUAUCAACCAUAGUUACCAGCCUUACUGCUAGUUACCAAACAUACACCAACUUAUCAACCCUAGUUACCAAACGUAUAGCUACUUACCCACCCUAGUUACCAGCGUUACUCCUAAUUACCAGAGGUGGGACCAAGUCAUUGUUUUGCAAGUCACAAGUAAGUCUCAAGUCUUUGCCCUCAAGUCUCGAGUCAAGUCCCGAGUCAAGACAGGCAAGUCCCGAGUCAAGUCCAAAGUCAAGACUGGAAAGUCUCAAGUCAAGUCCCAAGUCCUGCAUUUUGAGUUUUGAGGCCCUACAAGUCCUUUUAACCACAGACUAAUACACAGAUUGUGUAUGCUUUUCAAACACUGUAUUUAUGUAUUAAAACAAGUGCAUUUGAAAUUGCAGGAAAAAAAAUAGUGCUGACAUUGCACUUCA